GGAAUUCACCCGGAGGCCACAAUGCUGAAAUUAGAGGAAAAUCUCAACCAUUCGAGCGAAAUGCGUGACGACUUCGGUAUGAUACAGGGAGACCCAAGAGCAUAGCAUAUGAACGCCCAAAAGGGAAGUUCGGUGACCUGAGAAGAACUGUAUCCAAAAGCCUUAUCGAACAGAUGAGUGAUGGAUGCCCAGAAGAGGGCAGGAAAACGCACAGCAAACCUCAGGUAGACAAUUGUGCUUCAUAUUAUUGUGACAUCUCACUGCAGCACGCCUGGCAAAACCAGGAAACACAACCACAAAAGCUCUGCCUCUGAACAGACGCACAAAAAUUGACAGCGGCACGGUGACGACGAAAUUCCAUGCUUCCUUGCACGUGUAGCCGCAUCUCGAAGGCAACGAAAUUAUCCCAAUGAAUUCUGUCGGCUGUUGAAUUCACAAAUUGGCCCAAACGCUCUCCAGAGACUCCACAUGGUCCUCGGUCGAACAUUCCUUCCUCCCGAGCACGCGACUGCAGUACCAUCCGUGCUCCGAGACUCUGGGAGGACGACAACUGGAGACUGAAGGUGAGCGAUUUGGACUGUAGUUACUCAAAGGUUAAGAUUUCCGACAUGAUACCGUCGUUACGCAUAUAUAGUCACGAGCUUGCGACAUUACCCUUUUAGGGUUUGCAAGUCAGUCUAGGGUACACUUGUUCGUUUCUCUCGCGCUCCUGUCCUUGCGCUCGUUUUCCUCUCACUGAACUUGUCCACGGGAGGGCGAGCGACUGUGAACAAUCAUGGACCCAUCGUCCGGGAGCACUGCCGAGCUGCAAUCGUUUCUCGAGCAAGAGAAGCAGAAGGCUGUGCUCAAUGAACUCGUGGGCAAGCUCACGGAUGUAUGCUGGGAGAAGUGCAUAACCUACGCUCCGGGCAGCAAGUUCAGCUCUGGUGAAGUGAGCUGCCUCAGUAACUGCGCGCAACGAUAUUUAGACACGAGUACAUUGAUACUUCGACGCUUUCAAAAUAUGCAGAGAUGAUCACUGUUCUCUUGUUUUCCUCGCCACUUCCUCCAAGAUCUCACUGUCUGAGCAGCCGAGCGUGUUGCACGUUGAAGAAUUUUUUUCCACUUCGGUAAGUGAUUCAUUGUAGAGACCAUCCUUUAGUCGAUAGACCUGAAGAAAAACUACGGUAGUCUGAACAGUGAAGCUAGCAGCAAAUCGAGCGGCAGCUUAUAUGGGUUCUUGAGCUAUGUAAUGGUCUAAAAGACGCUUUUAUGUCUUGGUUAGUUUUAGGAGACUCACCUGACAUGUGAGAUUUUCUCUACUUUGUUCUCGAGAACAUCGUAUCAGAUUAGGACACCGUUUUAUUUGGGGUCAUUUACAUGCCAUCACCCAUUUGACUGAACCGCGAGUGUAACGAUCAAUAACUUAGUUUCGGAGUGCAGCUCUCUGCUGAAGGUGUCUGAAGAUUGUUGAAACUUGCGAGGAUUUUUCAAAGACACGAGCAAAUGUGUUUGUCUGUUUUAGAUACGAGGUGUAUAUCAUUGUAGUUACAUGUAUGUUUGUUUGAGUUCCCUCAUCUCACAAACAGACGAGGUAAACAACUUUUGAGAAAUACCCUGAUGAUGGCACACAUUACUCUCUUUUUCCGCU